CAUCACCUUCCCAAUUCGAGAAUCUCCGAAGAUAGUCGAAUGCUUAAAAGGUUAUUUAACUGGUCGAUAUACCACGUCUUGCUUCUGCACGUUUCUGAGUGAAACUUAUUGAUACUAAUGCUUUUGUCAACAUAUCACGUCGUGCCUAUCACUCUUGCUGCUUGCGCUGCGCUUUUGAACAUCCCAGCAGUUUUGGCAGCCAUGGCAGAUCGAAAGGCUAUUAUUUAUGACUUCGAGAAGUUGGAGGAUUAUCAACAGAGAAAUGAAACCGUCCUCGACAUUGUAAAAAAGGACACUGGUGCCGAUUUCUGGAGGCAGACACGAACCAUUCCUCCCACUUCCUAUCCUCCGCCGAUGACUUUGGAGGCUAUUGAGAAGCUGAAGGAAGUCAAGGGUGUUAUUGUAAAAGAUGCUCCUCCUGAGGAACUGUAGCGUAUUGGCUCUUCAGUCGUUUCGCAAAAGAUUAUUUGUUCGGUAGACUGAUAACUGUAGUUAUACUUGUCUAUAAAUUGUAUCCUGUUGGGUUUCGGUCUAUAUGUGUCUCCGGAAGGGUCGACUCGACCACCUAACUAUAUGCUUAAUUCAUCUUUCUUUUCUGUUGUCA